GAAAGGGAAACGAUGCGAACACACAUCUUCAAUGUCGAGAAUGAGAAUAAUUCCGUUGUGACAUUGCCACUGGUAAGUCGACAAAGAUGGUACGUCUAAGCUUUGAAGAAACGCUACGAAACACCAACCUGAUGCUGCUGAUGAUGGGCAUUCCACCGUGCGAGGAGCCGUACCCGCCGGGAGUACUGCCGUCGCUCAAACGCAACGCGGGCUUUCUCGCGUCCUUCCUGCUGCUCGCCUACACCACGAUCGGUGAGCUGAUCUAUCUGAGGCAGAUGUUCGAGCGAGACGUUACCUUCCUGGAGGUAACCUUUCAAGCGCCCUGCAUCGGGUACUGCAUCAUCGGUGUGCUGAAGAUGGUCAUACUGGCCCGGGGAAGGAACACGAUCGCCGAGCUGGUCGGUUUGUUUCGCGCAAAGUGGACGUCGGCGAUUGUAACCGAUGAGCAUUGGGCGGUGUGCGAGGACACAAUGCGGCCCGCCAUUCGGGUCACCUCGGUAACGGCGCUCGCGAACGUCGUGAUGGGGAUAGCGUUCACCAUCCUGCCGAUCGCGGAGAUGAUCUACACCCAUCACUACACGGGCCGGUGGAACCGGCAGCUUGCCUUCAACAUCUGGUGGCCGUUCGAUGUGCUGGGGGGCGUGAAGUACUACUGGUUCGUCUACCCACUGUACGUGGUGAUUGGGUUCACGGGCAUCAUCAUCCAUAUGGCGUUCGACUGUUUGUUCUGCAUACUGGCGGCCCAUCUCUGUAUGCAGUUUCGCAUCCUGGCGCACAACUUUGGCCAUGUGGUAGAGGUUGCCAAUGGUGCUGGUGAAGGUGGGAGUGGCAGUACCAGUCGGCUACGGGAUGCGAUCCGAAUCCAUCAGGAGUUGAUUGGGUACGAAGGAACCCCAUUGGAUACGGGAGUAAAUCAAUGGCGUAAGUAAUGCAUCCUCAUUUUCAUCCGCAGCUGCAGCGUGUUCAUGCAGAACGUGUUUGGCAAUGCGCUGUUUAUUAACUUCCUCGGCAGCUCCAUCAUAAUCUGCAUCCAGGCGUUUAUGAUAACGGUAACAUGUAGUGUUGUAUUGACGCACCUGGUGUCGUCUGGAGUCUGUUUAUCAAAGCAGCGCCCACCACCAAAACACCCCAAAGCGCUGUACGUGAAUGUACAGGAAUUGCAGAAACCCUGGCUCAGACCUUUUUAUUCCCUGCAAUAUCCUGGUCCUUUCCUGACCCCACAGACGGUUAGCGGAUAUAUGCUGGUAAAGUUUGUCCUCUUCAUGCUAUGCUUUCUGAUCGAGCUGCUGAUGCUGUGUGCGUACGGUGAGGAUAUUGUGGAAUCGAGCCUUGCCGUCAUUGAUGCCGCGUACGGUUGCGAAUGGUACCGGGAAGGGUCGGUGGCGUUCCAUCGAUCCGUGCUGCAAAUUAUACACCGCAGCCAGCAGCCCGUCAUACUGACCGCGUGGAAAAUCUGGCCCAUCCAAAUGAGUACCUUCAGCCAGAUCCUGCAAGCUUCCUGGUCCUACUUUACCCUCCUGAAGACCGUCUACGGGAAUAAGUAAGAGAGAAAGAGAGGAAGAGAGAGAGCAGUAUCGUUCACCCUUUGGAUGAAUCAAUACAAUUUCUAAUCAAGAACCACUGAAAAAUGAAUCAACAUGUUCUCUAGUUGCACAAUAUUGUUCCAUUCAAUACAGCUUCACCACAACGAAGCGUUUCUUGCAUCAGGACAAAACACGUUUCGACAAGCCGCGUCACCUGCUGGCUGGUAAAGGUGGUAAACACAACACUUUGACUCACCGUUUGUGUAACGUAAUGUUACAAAAACAAAACACAAACCCCUGCACCGCCGUCUAUCAGCUGUUGAGGUGGGGCAGUCGUAAAAAAAUAGGGAGAAUACAAAAAAAAAAAAACAAACAACACCAAGCAAACCCUUAUCGCGUACCGGUGCGCACCGGCAAACCCCAAUAAUGGCGACAACAGAGCGAGUGCGAGGAAAAGUGCGAUGACCAAUGGGAAAACUAUUCGCGAGCCCCAAGCUUAUCAGGUUUGAUUUGCUUUCGUCACUGUUUCGCCGGUCAAGUCACGAGUUUUGGGUGGGUCGUAGUGGUGGUGGUGGUGGUGGUCGCCCUUAUCUAAUCGCGUUGUGCACCCGAUCGGUAACCACCACCACGUCACAGAGAUUCCAACCACA